CUCAUACCUUUGAGACAAAAAUUAGGAAACCCCCACCCUUCCCUUGAUAAGUUCGGCCAGACCACCCCCAAUCAAGAGCAAGAAACCUCACAACCACCUUUCUCCAUAGCCAAAUCAAGCUCAAACAACAAGAAACUCAAAGGAGAAAAGGAAGUAGCAAAAGUAGAGAAAAACUUGGAAAAUAAAGGUGAGGAGUUCUUUAAUAACUUUUCUUCCAUCAUUUGUUUUCCAUAUGAACUCUAUAUCCUAUGGAGGACCCCUAGUAUUGUUCUACAUGUUUAUAAGUGUAGAAUGAGGGGUUGGAAGGUGGUUCUAAGUCCAAGAACGGACUUAGAAGCCAAAACGACCGGUUCACCGGAAAAUAACCUUUUAGGGGUUAUUUGUGUUGAUAUGGGUUUUGUAAUGAUAAAACCAUGUUAGGAGCUUGACUAAAGUGGUUCUAGAUUUCGCCGAAGUUUUCGCCGGAGUUUCGUCGGAGUUCGCCGGAGUCUCGCCGGAGUUCAACUAAGAAGAGUAGAAUCUUCCUAAAGCUCAUUUGAGGCGAGUGGGUGACUUAAUGUCUUGUAACUUUCGGGUUAAGCAUGAGAUUACCUAAGUAUAUGUUAUGUGUGUUCAUAAAAAUGUUUAAAUGAAUUAAACAUGUGAUUAGCCAAUAAAAGUGAUUAGGGCUUUUAUGAAGUGAACUAUUGAAAUAUGCAUGUUUUGUGAAGUGAAAAUGCUCAUAAAAACAUAUGUGAUAUGUUUAGAGAUCAAAUGUGCAUAAAUAGUUAUUAAUAACUUAGUACAUAUUAUGACUAAGUUUGACACAC